AUGAGCGGACAAGCGACAAAGCAGGAGAGCUUGAAGUUCUUCGAGAAGCUGAAGGCUCAGAGGGCGAAUAAGGUCUGUUUCGAUUGCGGCGCGAAUAACCCCACAUGGACGUCCGUUCCCUUUGGAAUCUAUCUCUGUCUUGACUGCUCCUCCGUCCACCGUAACCUCGGUGUCCACAUCUCCUUUGUACGAUCGACUAACCUCGAUACCUGGUCCUACGAUCAACUCCGCCUCUUCAAAGUCGGCGGAAACGCAGCUGCUACGGAAUACUUCACCAAGAAUGGCGGUGCCUCUGCAUUGCAGUCCACAGAUGGAAAGGCGAAGUACCAGAGCCGUCAAGCAGUGCAAUACAAGGAGGAAAUCAAGAAGCGUGCCGCACAUGACGGCAAAAUCCACCCAGAUAUCUUCCACGACGAAGAAAUCGCCGUACCAGAAGCCUCCAAGGAAGACGAGGACGACUUCUUCUCCUCAUGGGACAAGCCCAUCGUUCACAAACCAACACCUCCACCAUCACGUACCGCCACCCCCCCAGUAAUCGGCCGUACCGCCUCCCCAUCCUCCACAUCUUCCUCCCCCGCCCCUGCCGCAUCCCGCACCACAACCUCCUCCGCACUCCGUCCCUCAACCCUCGGCGGCGCACGUAAAUCCGGAAUCGGAGCCGGCAUUGGAGCUAGGAAAACUCAGAAAUUGGGCGCGAAGAAGGUUGGUGCGGAGAUUGAUUUCGAGGCUGCGGAGCGUGCGGCGAGGGAGGAGGCAGAGCGGAUUACGAAGUUAGGGUAUGAUGCGGAACAGGAGCGAUUGGAGGAGGAGAGGAGACAAAAGGAGGCGGCGGAGGCCGCGGCGAAGGCUAAGGCCUCGAGCGCUGCGCCGGUGGUUAAGUCAGCAACUACCUCGGCACCACCCUCCUCCUCCUCUAACCCAGUCCCCCAAUUCGCCCGCCUCGGUUUCGGACAAACAGCAUCAACCGGCCCCGCCGCUUCGUCAGCACCAAAGAAAAUGACCGGCUUCGGCUCCACAUCCGCAGUCCGCGACGACGCCCCCACAACCGCCCGCGACAAAUUCGCAAACCAAAAAUCCAUCUCCAGCGACCAAUACUUUGGCCGAGGAACCUAUGACCCCGCCUCCGCAGCCGAAGCUCAAUCGCGUCUUCGGGAUUUCUCGGGCGCAACCGGCAUCUCAUCCAACCAAUACUUCGGUCGUGAGGAGGAUGAUGAGGAGGAGGACGUAAAUGGAAUGGGUGGUGGAGACGGGUUCGAGGGGUUGGCGAGGAAGGUUGCG